CUUUUAGAAUCGAAAUUUGUUGACUGCAUAAAUCCUUUUACACCUUUCUGCUCUUUCCAAAAGUUAUAUUGCGUGUUAAUGGAAUUAAUGUAGUAGUAAUGCUGCAUUGUAUAAAUUGAAACUUUAUGCUUGAGAUGGUAUUAGAAUGGAGUCUGUACUUUCUUUCUAUAGAUUACUUCUUCAUUGGUUCUUAUUCCCAAAUCAGGGGUUAGAGAAGAAACAUGUUUUGAUCGACUUAAGGGAAUCUGAACUUUGUCUUAUAGUGAAUAGUGAUCAAGGAGUUGCCAGAAUUGGCAGAGAGAUUUUGGAUUGGAAUCUGAUCAUGCCUUUAGAUACUUUAAGGGGAUGUGCUAUCAAAGAACUCAGGCCUAAUUAAAAAAUUAGGAAAUGAUGUACGUAAUUGUUGGGGUCUCAGUUGCAACUAAAAUAUGGGGUGGUAGAAGGCAGCAUAUUAAGAACUCAAUUAUUGAGGAAGUACAAGGAAUAGGAGGAUGCUGUUCAAUAUCUCAUUCUGUGUCUAAGUAACUUCUAGACCCUUGAUUAAGUCUCCCUGAGUGUACAUGCUAAUUAUUUGAAUUAUAUGUUUCCGUUCAGAAAUAAUCUGCAUUAUUUUAAUGGUUGCCUAAUAGAGAUGGUACAUGGAUUUGUCUUUCUUUUUGUGUGCGUGUGUGCGUGUUUUGAUACUUUUUGUUGACAAUUUAUGUCUUAUAUUAAUUGGUUUCGGAAGUAUAAUUUCUGCCACCUUUUCAUUACUAGCAAUAUUUGGAAGCUGUCCAGAAAUGGAGUAUCAACUACAGGAGGAUUCCUCAUGAAACUGAACUGUCUUUGAGGUUGCAAGAUGUGAUAUAAUUCGAUGUACUUCGAUUCUGCAAGGUGAAAAUGAUGAUGCAAGGAGAUUUUGAUCUGAUUCCAGUGCAAAGAUAUACAGGUUCAGUUAAACAAGUUUUGAAGCAGACAAUGCUUGAUCAGGAUGUUAUGUUUAGGAAUCAGGUACAUGAACUCCAUCGGCUAUACAGAGUUCAACAAUCGAUGAUGAAGGAUUUUGGCUGGGAAGAGUGCAGUUACAAGUUAUGGAAUCCAAAACUUCAAUCAUCUCUACUUCCUCUCACAAAUCCUACAAGACAUGAAUCACCGGCGAAACAGACCAGAAUCUCCUUGACUUCUAAGGUGGACUCAACAUCUUUUGUAGGACAGAAGUUCUUAAAGGAUUGCCAAGGUUGCAGUCCGCUUAACCUUCGACUUUCUGCGGAUGAAUUCAUUAAUCUCAUUGAGGAAGAUCUUCCAAAGAAAGGGAACACUCAGAAUUGUUUUGAGGGUCCUAUAGACUAUAAGCUUCCUCUUUCUGAAGGUAACUCUUCAAAUGCAGAGGAAUUGAAGCUUUCCCUUAGACUUGGAGGGGAUACUAGAAGAAUAGCAGGUACAGGGAGGACUUAUUUCACUAAUAGAACUUUCUACUGUUCUCAAAAUGUUAUUGAUUUGGAAGAAUCAGAUGAGAGGAUAUCAAAUGGAUAUGCAAAACAUGAAACUGUUUCCAUAGAGAAGCAUGACUUUCAAGGUUCUGGCUUCCCUGAUCCAAUCAUUUCAACCAGUAUGAAGAAAGGUCUAUUUCAUGAGACGACAGAAAGUAGCUCUUUUCAAGAAUAUAGUGAAUGUUGUCAAGAGCAGACCUCUUCCAGUGCAGGAACUAAGGGGUCCCUUAAUGAUGCUCCAUCUGAUGAUCUUUUCUCUAAAAUGCAAACUUUUGCUUCAUAUAAAGGAGGGCAAUUAGACCUUAACAAAGCUCAUCUUGAUGACUCAUCUUGUUGCUCAGAUGAUCAUAUGUUUGCAUAUCCUUCAAGAGCAAGCUCAGAUGGUGGCUCUAAUGGAUUUAUUGGUGGCAUGCAGGAUGGAACUUGCCCAUCCGUGUUUCAGAAAAAAGAUAUUGAUGAGUUCUCCAAUGAAGCUUCUGACAUGAUUAAAGAACAUAACCAUGUACACCUUGCUCAUGUGGAUUUCAACAGAAAAAAUAUGAGCACAGACCCCAUGAUUAGGUCCCCAGCAAUCAUUUCAGAAGACCUUGGUUGCUGCAGUGGCGAAUUAAAAAAUAACAUUGUUGAGCUGAAGUCUAAACUUUCUGGUGAAGUGAGCAGUGAGAAGAGUGAAGUAGAGAGUGUGACUCUUUCAUGUACUGAUCUAAGUCAAAAUGCAUUUCAAUAUGAGCAUGGAAAGUCUCCUGCUUCUUGCAAGUCUUGCUGCAUCUCUGAUAAUGAUUCGAGCAGUGCAAAGACAGCAAAUUCUGGCAUCAUGAAUCAGUAUUUGAAAACUCGGUUAGAAUCUCAAGUUGCUGAUGUUUUGGCUGAUGAGCAUGAGCAAAGAACUUUAGAUGGCAGUAACUUAAAAGAUGACUGCUACAACAAGGAAGAAGAGUCAGGUAAAGUUGAUAUUUUGAUCCAAGAAGCAGCUGAAUCGCUCAUCCGUAUAUACACAGAGCAAUCAGCUUGCAAUCAGGAGAUGGAAAAUGAGAGAAAGGUGCAGCCACUAUGUUCCUUUGAUUCUUUCGAGUUAAUUGCUAUGAAUCUAACAGAAAGUAAUGUGGAUGACGAUUCAGUUUCAUCAAAGCCAUUUGAGAUAAGUGACAUGGAGGCAAAGGAAUUUGGACUUAGGUUGAGACGCGGAAGGAGAAUGAAAGAUUUUCAGAGGGAAAUAUUGCCUAGUCUUACAUCUCUUUCUAGACCCGAAAUUCUUGAAGAUAUAAACAUUAUGGAGGGAGUUUUAAGAUCAAGAGAGUACCGAAAAAUGAGAGCCAAGAUGGCAGUUCAUGGGGAGGACUGGUCAGCACCAGUAAGAAGUAGAAGGUCGAGACUUAGUUAUGCCGGAAGAAGAAAUUAUUCAUGAAAAUUUAAUUAGAAAGUUGAUAUAAGCAUUUAACUGAAAGUAGAAAAUCCAUUCUGGUUCUGUAUACCAUUAUUGCAAAUAUUGAUUGGUCUUUGAUAACAUUUUAGAAAUUAUAAUAUCAAUUGUUUUCAGUAA